CUCCCAGGAGACACCUCUGGUGAAGAAGUGACGAAUGGGGAUUAGCAGCUCAAAAUGGCUGAGGAGCUGAAGAGCGCGGAGGAAGCAGGUCUGGAAGCCGGUGAAACAGAAGUGCAGCCAGGCAGCCUUCAGGUGCUGUGAACAGGAAAGAGUCUGGCCAAGUGUCCGAAGAAAAGACAGAGUGGUUCCUGUGUGACAACAGCUUCCGAUUCCACUUCACAGCUGCCGAGAUGGACCCGGCAGCAACYGGCACCACUUUGGGAGCAGCUCCUGGUGCUGCUGGUGCUGAGCAGAAACAAACUAAUGUAGGAGCCCCAGAGCAAGAGAAUUUGAGUGAAGCCUUGAGUUCUGUUGCCUCUGGACAAGAACCCAAGUUCACUUUCAACUUUAACAUCCCAAGUGAAGAUCAUUCUCCAGCCCCACUAGGUCUAGUGAACCAGAGAACUAGGGAACCCACAGAGAGUGCAGCAGACUGUGAAGGGCUGGGUAAUUCCUGGCUCCCAGAAUCGCCUGGCGGGCUGGAGAGUUCGGCCUCACAAAAGYCUGAGCGGACUCAGACGACAGACAGUGCAACUGGAGAAGACAGAGGCCAUUUCAUGUCCAAAAACCCCGUAGCAGAGAGCACUCCUGGAGAGGAGGCAGUGGCAGAGAAAGCAGCARCAGAUAGAGCGGCCCAGAAGAAGAAGAAGAAGAAGAAACAAAAAGCAUCUAGCAGUAAAGAGGAGCAAGAAGAAUCUGAGAUAAGCAGGAAGGCAAAGGCAGAAGCCAGUGAGUGUCUGAAUAAAGAUGCAUCGCACCAGGAUGAGACCUCUCAGCAAUCAGAGGACCAGCUGCGGAAAGAAGUGGACUGGUGCGUGGAACAGCUGGAGCUUGGCCUGAAGACACAAAAGCCCAGUCCUAAACAAGCGGAGGAGGCUCUGCGCGCGAUCAAGACGCUGCGCAGUGACAAGGCCCCGCUGGUGAAGAAGCGCCAGGUCAUGAGAACCUUGUUCGGAGACUACAGGAAGAGGAUGGAGGAGGACUGGUGCCAACAGCUGAAGCUCGUGCAAGCAGCUAUGAAAUCUGCCAGGGUUGUGGAAGUGAAGGAAAACAUCCGCAGGAAGAGCUGCCGGGUCAUGCGGAAGCGCACUGGAGCUUGCAGGAAAAGCCAGGAUUCAGCAGAAUCCCCUUCGGCAUCACCCAGGACUUCUAACACAGGCUCAUUCAGAUUCACGACUUCCCAAGAAAAUUUUUACUUCAAUUUUUUCUAGGAAGGUUCUAGAAUAAAACUGCAGCUAAAAGCUAUGCCAAAUUGCCUGCAAACCCAAGAUGGGCAGAAUAAUGCAGGGAAAAUGUUACUUAGGAAUCUGUGUAUGUUUCCCAAAAAAAAGGAUUGCCUACCAGAGUGCCUUUUGAGGAGAUGUAUUCUACAUACAACUCCAGUUCUCCGUGUACCCAGUAGACCUUCUUCUUCAUGCUGUAGCA